AUGCCGCCAGGCUAUACCUCGAAACUAGCUCCAAUUCCAGAGGAUACUACUGAUACUUCUACCUGGGAUCAUACCUCGCGACCUAAAACCCCCACGAACAUCUCCCACUUCCCUUCCAACUUUGACGAGAUCAAGAGUACUCCAGCGAGAGCUACCUUAGGGGGCUAUCAAGGCGAGGAUCACACAAGAGACGUCAUCCGUCCUCAGCUGAAAAAGGACAUGGAAGGUACACUCGGCGCAGGACUCCCUUUUGAUGACUAUAUCGAGGCUGUCUGGGGCCUUAACCGUACAAAGCUUCAUGAAGACGAACACAGGCCCUGCCUUUCGUCCGAAGAGCUCGCGCGAUAUCGUUCUCCUGCUCUCGAGAAAACUCGCUACAUCCCGUUCACCGCCAUACUCGCGCAACUUCUCCUGGAUUACCUCAAGUACAUGCGGAAACAUGGACAUAUGGACGAAAUCGUGCUUCCAUGCGGCGUAUUUUUUGAAGCACGGGUAGGAGACGAUGUCGUACAUGGCGAUGGUGGCUCUCAACGGAAACCCGAUGCGAGCGUAACAGCCCAGCUAGGUGAGGCGGUGUUUGCGAGGUUGAGAGAGAUUGGCGACAAGAGCGCACAGAUGUUGACCACGACGAAGGACAAGGUCAUUGAAAAAGUUCGUUUGAUAUGGGCGUAUCUGCUUUCUUUCUUCGAGUUCAAGAAGAAAGGAGGCGCUGCUGACGACGGAUAUUCCCCUAUGAGUCUGGACACGCGCGCUACCGUCUCGGAGCUACCGAAAAAGACACCCUCAUCUCUAAAACGGCCUUCUGACUCCUCGGUCAAUGGCCGCGCCACCUCUAAACGCAGGAAGAAACGAUCCUCCCACCCCCUCUCCAUUCCUUCGUCGUCCGGAUUUAUGGAGCUCAUUGACACUCGCAAGACUUUGAAUGCAGACGAGCUGCAAGCAGCCGAUUACGCUCACGAGAGCCUCCGUACUGGCCAUCGUCGUUACUCCACCGGCAUCUUCGUAGAUGACGACGUCAUGACUCUAUGGUACUACGAUCGCAUGGGACCCGUACGUUCAAAACCCUUCAACUUCGUAGAAAGACCAGAUAGACUCCUCGCCGUCGUCGUCGCUCUAGCUAGCGCCACAAUCGCGGGCUUCGGUUUCGAGCCAAUGAUCUGCACUCCAGGUCCCUCAGCCUCUCUGCCCCUCCCAACAACCACGACUACCGAGGAAACCACGACUGCCGAGCUCGAGGACACUACGACUACCGAGGAAACCACAACUACCGAGAAUAAGAAGACGGCCGAUCUCUCGCGCUCGAAAGAUCCUGACAUGCUCAGCAGAGUCCGUCAGACCGCAGAGCUUACGGAAAUAUACGAGAAAUACCGGUCACAAAUGCCUCCAGACGAGAACUUGACCGACUGCUACUUCCGUAUCACAUCCCGAGUCGGCCUCGCUGACCGCCCGUUAUUCGACCUUCCUUCGUCGGCGUCUUUCCCAACCACAUCGAGAUCUUCCUCCUCCAUCCUCUCCUGGGUCUGGGAUUCGUUGAAGCCAAAGACCGGGAUUUUAUCACCGCUCUCGGACGUCGUUUUCAAGAUCAAAGGGAGACCUCUCUACGUACAGGACGGGUUGGUCGGAAGAGGGACGGUGGUUCUUCAUGUGGAGACCAAGGAGGACGAGCAACGACGAUUUCCCUCCGACAUCAUCGCCAAGAUAAGCUGGCCUCCGAGGAGUCGCAUCCCGGAGGACAGCAUUAUCCGGCACGUUCGAUUCCACGUUCCGAAGAAAUGGAAAAAGCACAUCACGAACCUCGCCUGUUCUACGACUCUCUCGAUGCCAGAAGAAACGGACGGCUCGAUUGGAUCGACAGAGAGUGCGGCGAGCGCAUCAGACAACCAAGUUCUGGACAUUCCUCGAAGACGUAUCAUGUCCAUCCUUCGUACCCGGAUCAAGCAACGUGAUGCAGGAGGUUUAAAGGCGGCGGAGAAAGAGGAGUUAUCGGAUGCCUUCAUCGGCCCUGAAUACGAGGAACGGGUCCUUCGCGUUCUCGUCUGCGAGAAGAAUCUACCGUUGAACCGGGUGCAGAAUCUGGACGAAUUUAAAUCAGUUUUUGUCGAUGUCGUGAAAGCCCACUAUGUCGUUUAUACAAAGGCCGGUAUACUUCAUCGGGAUCUCAGCGUCAACAAUAUCAUGUUUACAAGGGAUCCGGUCACCAAUCGUGCAAUCGGUGUUCUCAACGAUUGGGACCUAGCAAUCCCCGUCAACCGUUCGGAGUACAACGUCGAGAAACCCACCUCUCAUCAUCGCACAGGCACCGCCACAUUCAUGUCCCUGGAACUCCUCAAGGACUCGAAUAGAACCAUCCCUCAUCUCUAUCGCCAUGAUCUGGAGUCCUUCAUGUGGAUCCUGAUUUGGUGCUCUUUCAACUUCCUAUUCAACGGCAUGGAAUUACCUCCAAACCAACGGAGCGACUUCGUUCAAGAAUGGGUAGAUAUAAGCUGGUCGCGCAUCAGAAAAGCUAAGAAGGACUUUUUAAGCGACUACAGCGACGCACUCAAGCGGACGACAAAUGUCAUGCGACCUCUGGUGCCAAAGAUCGUUGGGCCCCUCUCUCAAAGUAUGGGUCGCGCGUUCUCCGAGCGUACGCUCAGUCAGACGCAGUACGAGGGUCCCAGUUUCCUGAGAGUAACGACAACGGAUUUUUUUGACCUUUUCUUCACUUUCGAAUGUUUCAUGAAAAUUAUCGAACCGGAGGUGACAGAUCCGGUGGGCGCUUUGACGCUACAUGAAAGAUGAGCGUUCUGCCCGAUUU